GGACAUCAUCACAUGCCUUAUAUAGUUAUAUAUUAUGGUCCAAAACUCACUCAACUAAGACUUGUACAAAUUCAAAAUAAACAGAGUAAACAACACAGGAGAGAUCAUCAUAGCUAGAACAAGUUUAAUCAAAUGGACAACACAAGAAUCUCUCUAAGGCCAUUCAACAUUUCUGAUGCUAACAACCUCUUUACAUGGGCUAACGACGAAAACGUUACAUAUUAUCUAAGAUGGAACACAAUAACAUCAAUUGAAGCAGCAAGAAAUUACAUCCAACAAGUUGUUAUUCCACAUCCAUGGCGUCGAUCCAUUUGUUUGGAUGAUCGUUCAAUCGGAUACGUAUCAGUAAGGCCAGAAUCAGGGAGUGAUGAUCAAAAUCAUAGAGCUCACAUUGGAUAUGCAAUUGGUUCUGAUUAUUGGGGACAAGGAAUUGUUACUAAGGCAUUAAAAAUGGCUAUACCAAUUGUGUUCAAUGAUUUUCCUAAUUUGGUCAGGGUAGAAGCAUUGGUGGAACCUCAAAAUAUAGGGUCACAAAAGGUGUUAGAAAAAGUUGGUUUCAAAAAAGAAGGAUUUUUAAGAAAGUAUGGUUUUAAUAAAGGUGAAAUUAGAGAUAUGUUCAUCUAUAGCUUCUUAUCAACUGAUCAAAUUUUGUGAGGAAAAAGAGGGAGGGUUGGCUUAGGGGCGGAGCUACAGUUCUGCUUAUGGAUUCACUAAAAUCUAGGCGUUUUGGCACAAACUCGGUAUUUGUGUUAAAAGAUGUACUUCAUAUAUAUAUAUAAAUAAUUUAACAAAAAUCAAUAAGUUAUUUUUUUGAGAAUUCAGAACUCAUAAACUCAAAAUUUUAAUUUGUCUCUGCUUGGGCUUUAUCAAAUCAAUACAAUGUUAAGGUGAAAAGAUGAACAAUUUACAUACGAGUUUAAUUUCUAUGAACUGACAAAACUAUUAGAACGAAUUAACCUGCAACAAUAGAUAAUCUUUCACUAGCAAGUAUGAUACAAAAUAUAGUUUGAAGACAGAGAACAAAAUUUUGUUUAUUUGCAUCAAGCUUUUGAGGAGCUCAUUCAAGGCUUACUAGAACUAUUAUUCAACAGAAAAUAAGAACUAUUAUCCUAACUGAAAAUGGGGAGAUUGAAAAAUACAAAAACACACAAUAAUCUAAAUAGUUUUAGAUGAAAACAUAGAACAAUAGAAUAUAUAUAAAAAAAACAAUACGUCAUGACAAUGUAUUUACAUGUAUCAAAAGUUGAAAAUCUUUUGAAUAAUUACUGAGAUUUCUUGGGAAAAUGGAGGAAUUUCAUAUUAACAAGGAAAGUUAAUUGAGGUGAGGGAGUAUGGAUAAAAAUCGUGAAAGAGGGAAAGGAGAGAAUGUGGGUAAAAAAUUGAGAGAGAGAAAAGUGGGUAAUGAAUGUUGUGUCGUAAUUUAACUAACCUUUAGAAA